CCACCACCACCACCACCACCACCACCACCUUCUACCACGCACACCAUCUUUUACCUCCAUCCACAUAUCCACGUUCCCCACCCACCACCACCCCGACCAAGCACAGUCCCCACAGUCGUUCUCCCACCGUACCCGUUACCGUCCACCGACCGACAGAAUGACCCGUGGCAACCAACGCGAGCGCGACCGCGCAAAGGCCCAGAAAGCGGCGCAGGGCCAGAAGAAAUCUACAGGCAAAUCGGGUUCGGAAAUGCUCCGCGACAAGGACAAGGUGGCCCAGAUUAUGCGGGAGAAACAACAAAAAGCUGAGGAGAAGAGAAAAGCGGAUGCCGCAGCGGGCGGUGGGGGCGGCGGCGGUGAUGGCGAGACUCCGAAGUAACCUUACCACCUACAAUGUCCGCCGCCGACCGAUACAUGCUACAGUACGAACGAACGAACGAUAUGCGGUUUACAACGAGUUAUGGAUCAUACGGGUUUUUCGGUUUCGGUUUUUGCGGCUUUGCGAUACCCUCGGGGGGGGGGAAGUCUUUUGCCAAAAUACACUUUUGCUUGAUCAAGUACUUUGUUUGACUUGGGACUUUUUUUUUGAUUGGCGGUUGGUUUUCUCUGGCGUAGAAUGCGGUGCGAAUACAUUUCUCUACUGCCGAGUUAACAGGCGUUGGAUGAUGGGUCAAUUUUACAAGAUGCCGGCUGUUGGUAUUCUCUUUUGGGCCAUUUUUGUUUUUUUUCCUCCUUCGCUUCUCGAGAUGAGAUGAGCAGAACAGAUGAAAUACUGUCCAAUUUCACAAAC